AUGGAGAGCACAGCAGUGAGACUGAGUCUCAGAACCAAGUCGAGCCAGAUCGUCUUCAGCCCCGACAGCAGCCACCGCCGCAAGUCGUCCCUCGUCUCGUCCGACGACCCUCGAAUCCGGCGCCGUCGCUCCGAGUCCUACGACAAAAACACCGCGUGCUUUGUACACUCGCUGCUCAAUGGCGAGUGGAACGCGCCGCCCGGCGACGAGGAGAACGGGAACGGCGGUGGCGGCGGUGAACUCGACGAACUCGACGAACGCAACGAACCGAUCAAGAAACCUAUCGAUCUCGGCACGACCGUCAAGGACAGCGACCUGAGCGACUAUGACCGCAUCGCCGUCGUCGACUAUGCCAGCAGGCUGUCCGAGCAGACCGCGCCGGCCGUGGUGCAUUCGCGCCACUUGACAAAACGGCAGUUGUCCGAUAUGGCGUGGAAUGUGCGCAAGCUGUCCAAGCGGCUGGGCAGCAUCAAGCUGAAACUCACAGUCAAGUCGGUCUUUUUGGUGACAAAGCCCCACGACGAGUCGCUGGUGAGUUUGACGAGGGAAGUCACGCAGUGGCUGCUCAGCAAAGAGCGCGGCGCGCCAUAUACGGUUUACGUGGAGGAGUCGAUGAGGAACAAUGCCGACUUCAACGGUGACGCGCUGAUCGAAGAAGAGCCCUCGGCGCAGGGCCGGUUAAAGUACUGGAAUAGCAAACUGUCGGCCGACCGGCCGCAGAUGUUUGAUUUUGUGAUUACGCUGGGCGGCGAUGGAACCGUUCUCUACACCAGCUGGCUGUUUCAACGAAUUGUUCCGCCCGUGCUGUCCUUUUCGCUGGGCUCGCUGGGGUUUUUGACCAAAUUCGAUUUUUCAACUUACCAAGAAACGCUGACCAAGGCGUUUCGGGAUGGGGUGGCUAUCAGCCUCAGACUGAGGUUUGAAUGUACGAUUAUGAGGAGCAAUCCGCGGCGGAUAUCGGUGCUGGGACAGGACGGGAAUGUGGUCAAGAAGGAUCUCGUCGAGGAGCUGGUUGGCGAGGAGGUUGGCGAUACGCUGACGCAUACGCCGGACAAGGUGUUUGAGAUUCUGAAUGACGUGGUCGUGGACCGCGGCCCUAACCCAACAAUGUCGACGAUCGAGCUCUUCGGCGACGACGAACACUUCACCACCGUCCAAGCAGACGGCAUCUGCAUAUCCACGCCCACAGGAUCGACAGCUUACAACCUGGCUGCCGGCGGCGCCCUCUCACACCCGGAAAACCCAGUCAUCCUGGUGACGGCGAUAUGCGCGCAUACCCUGUCCUUUCGCCCGAUUAUCCUGCCAGACACGAUCGUCUUGCGCAUGGGCGUGCCGUACGACGCGCGCACAACGUCGUGGGCCAGUUUCGACGGCCGCGAGAGGGUCGAGCUGCAUCCUGGCGACUACGUGACAGUGUCGGCGUCGCGCUACCCAUUUGCCAACGUCCUGCCUGCUGGACGCCGCAGCGAGGACUGGGUGCAGAGCAUAUCGAGGACACUGAACUGGAAUUCUAGACAGCGGCAAAAGUCGUUUACCAAGUGA